UGUGACAGGGAUAACGGUUUAAAUCCAUAAUCAGCGAAGAAAAUCAUCACUGCUGUUGUUAGUGAGUGGUCUACUCUACUGGGUUCUUCACCAAGACAGGGCAAAUACACGUGCGUUGCUCGUGUCUCUGCAGAUCUAGCUCCAAGAGAUUGGGAGUUUGCUCGUUUACUCAGUUGAUUUAUCGUUUUCUUCUUCACCAAGAAACCGCAACAACCAUGGUUAACCUCUAAUGUACAGUCUAAUCGGCUGCUUCAUGAAGUCAACGGAUGAUUUAUUUUGUAGUUAUUCAUUAAUUCCCAGAUUGGUUCCGUGUGAAAAUGGCAGUUCAUUAAACAGAAAAAAGAGAGAAGAAACAAAGAGAUCGGGUAAACAGAGAGAAUCCGCCAUGAGAGCACGAGGGGAGAGGAAGAUCAUCAAGAAUCGACGAACAACAUCCCAUCACGAUUCACGAGCUUCGACCUCACGGAAUCUCGACGAAGAAGAGGAUGGAAAAACCCCAGAUUCGGAUCCUAUCCCUCUCGAUCUCACCGUAGACAUUCUCACAAGAUUGCCGGUCAAAUCUCUGGUGAGAUUCCUCUGCGUGUCGAAAGGCUGGUCAUCGACCAUAAGUGGUCGGGAUUUCGCCAACUCGUUCAUGACCAGGUCGUUGACUCGGCCGCGUCUCUUGCUCACCUUCAUCGCAAACAACAAGUACGUCUUCUUCUCCUUAACUCAUCCUCAAAACUCGGACAUGGAAUCUUCUUCUGUAGCCACUUACGUCUACGACAUGAACUGGUCCGUAGAUUGGGCACAUCCUGUUCGCGGUCUGGUCUGUGUUGGAUCUCCACCUAAUCUGGCAAUAUGUAACCCAAGCACUAACCAGUUUAUAACCUUACCCAAAGUAAAAACCAGGAGGAAGGACAUACACAGCUUUUUCGGGUACGAUCCAAUCGAUGAUCAAUACAAAGUACUGUCAAUGACGGUAGCAAAGAGACGGGAGGUAGCCGAAGAGCAUCAAGUUUUGACACUGGGAACUCGAAAAACGUGGAGAAUGAUCGAAUCCACCUUUCCUCAUUGGCCACGGAUAGAGGGUCUGUGCCUUAACGGGGUUCUGUAUUAUGGAGCUUGGUGUUUUUUGGAGACAAUCAAGGAAGAUGUGAUAAUGAGAUUUGAUGUUCGGUCCGAGAGAUUUGAUGUUAUGAAAGUGCCUCAAGGCUCGAAAUGGUCAUGGAGUGACCAUCCAACCCUAAUAAGCUACAAGGGCAAGUUAGCUUGCCUUAACUAUGGUGGCAGUAGUAUUCAUUUGUGGGUCUUGGAGGAUGCCGAGAAACAGGAAUGGUCGGAGAUAUCCUCCGUGUUUCCUCCGAUAUGGAAUGAUUCUAUUUGGGACAACGAAUUAUCCUUUUCGGGCACCAUCCGUACUGGUGAACUUGUCAUGACAUCUGGACGUUUUUCUUUGCCGCUCUACGUUUUCUACUGCCAUAUGGAGAGAAACGUUAUCAAAAGAGUCGAAAUCUGGGGAAUUUCAGAACAUAGGGUAAUACGGCAAUACAGCAGAUGGCGUCUUAAGACCUCGGCAGAUUAUGUUGAAAGUAUCGAGUUUCUGUAAAAACGUCCGACAUUGUGUAACUUUGGGCAUGUGGCCAGACUUCUUGCAAGAAAUUUCAGUUUGUAUUUGGACAAAGCAAAGACAAGGGUCCUUCUGUUUUUUCACAAUCUCAGCACUUAAAACAUUCCCUGAAACAGCAGCAAA